CCUGAUCUUAAGAUGGCCUGGACUUGAUGCGGUUCCCCAUUCCGGCCCCUGCCCUGCGGCAGAAUGGGGAGCAGCACUUCAGCCCUCAAAGUUUGCACUGACCACCAAGGAGGCAUCAACUGGAUCAGUCUGAGUCCAGAUGGGCAGUGGCUGUUAACAGGCAGCGAAGAUGGCACUGCGCGACUCUGGAGCACUGCCAACAACCAGUGUCAGGCCCAUUUUCAAGGCCAUGAAAGUUACAUCACCUUUUGCCACUUAGAAAACGAAGUGGCUUUCACCUGCAGUGCGGAUCACACUAUCAGAAAAUGGGAUGUGAUGACCGGGAAAUGCCUUGCUAUUUAUCGAGGACACACAUCCAUUGUGAACAGGAUCCUAGUUUUCAAGGAUUACCUCUUCAGUGGGUCCUAUGACAGGACUGCACGCUGCUGGAGUGUGGAUAAGGAGAAGCCAAUCCAGGAAUUUCGGGGCCAUCGGAAUUGUGUCCUGGCACUGGCGCUCUACUCUUCAAAGGAUGUCCUUGAAGAGGAGGAGGUGGAGGAGGAGAUGGAAGAGGUGGAAGAGCUAAGCCGAGACUUCCUGGUAACUGGGAGCACGGACUGCACUGUCAAGGUCUGGUGGGUGUCCAGUGGGCGCUGUCACCAGACCCUGCUGGGACACACUGGGGCUGUCUUAUGCCUUAUACUUGAUGCUCCAAACAGGGAGCUCUUUUCGGGAAGCACUGAUUACACCAUUCGGACUUGGAACAUCAUGACAGGGGAGCAGCUGAGAGUGUUCAAAGAGCAUCAAGGAUCUAUCAUUUGCCUAGAGCUUGUGAAUCGAUGCUUGUAUUCAGGUAGCACGGACAAAACAGUAAAAUGCUGGUUGGCUGACACUGGGGAGCGGAUACGGACCUACAAGGCUCAUAAACACAGUGUCAGCACUUUGAAAUAUCACGCUGGAAUAUUGUUUACUGGAAGCGGUGAUGCGUGUGCUCGAGCUUUUAAUACAAAGACUGGCAUUCUGCAAAGAGUGUUUCGAGGUCAUAAGUUGGUUAUUAACUGCAUCCAGAUUCACAAUGAAUUAUUGUACACAGCUUCCCACGAUGGCACGCUAAGGAUCUGGGACAUACGGCAGAUCUGUAAACGGAACAAACGUCGUUCGAAGGAGCGGUCUAUCCAGGGCAGGCAUUUCCACAAGGGGAGCCUCCCUCGUCUUUUCAACAACAAAGUGGGCUGCGCCCUUCACCAGGAAAAUGGAGGACAACGGGAAGCGGUGGAACUUGAGUGAGAGAUGGAAGAGAUGGAUAGCUUCUGGGGACAGUGGAAGGCAGGCUAGGACAAUUCAUGAUCUGCUGCCCAGCUGCAGGUUAGGCCUAUCUGGAGCUCAACCUUACCAAACCUCAUUUUGCUUUGUGCCUGGCUGGCACUGCCAAGCACCUGGCUGGGGGUAGUGUUUCACAUGAAGAGUUAACAGGCUUGCGGUAAGACCCCCAGAUACAGAUAAAACUACUAUCUUGGUGCCAAUGGGGAACAAGCUAUGACAAGGCUUGUUCACAUUCUUGAAUCAACUACAUCUCCAGUGUUAUGAGGGGAGACACUGUUGCUGGUUUGUUCAACCGUGAUGCCACUUCUUGAUUGGUUGAUCGUAGGACAGUCCCCAGACAUCGUUCACACUGUGUGGUCCAGGGGUCAGGAAUCCCUGGGCACGCGCAGAAUUCCAUGCGCAGCAAUCCAU